AUGAAACGACCAUUACCAUACAACUGUGAAGGGAAAGUAUAUUGUGACAAGAAAGAGGCAUGCAGGGAGUGCACCACGGGUACGCCAGGACCAGCUGGACCUCCUGGUCCACCGGGGCCCGAAGGGGAGUCAGGGGCACCUACCCCUGUCACCUCGAACUGGAGACAAUGCUCGUGGUCAAGCAUCGAUGAUGGCACAGAUUCGGGACAAAUAAAGACAUGUGACUUUACAAAAGAAUAUUCGGAUACUGCUCUGUACGUCUCUUUGUCGGGUAACCUUCGGCUAGCUGGAUCAGGGACGGGCUGCUGUAGAUGGUAUUUUACCUUCAAUGGAGCUGAAUGUUAUAAUCCGAAUAGGAUCGAAGCAGUAGUAUAUGCUUCGGGAUAUGACAGCUAUAAUCUACAUCGACCAAGGAUUAUGAUGGGUUAUUGCUCUGGGAUAGGAACUGGAAGUGUGACAGUCGGAUUCAGUGUAGGAGCGUGUAGUGGCUAUGGGACCUACGACUGCUAUACCGGCUGGAAUAGCGCAAGCCAUAUCAUGAUUGAAGAAGUUACUACUUCACCAUACGACUGAAGAGGGGUGAUGACAAAUUUUUGACGUUGAGAUUCAGACCUCGAAAAAUACCUUAGUCACGUUAGUAGGGCUAUAGAGAGGGUAAAUUUGGUAGGAUGGGGAAGGGUAAAGAAUCCCAUUAUUAGUUUAAUUAUUCAUCGGAAAUAGGCAUGCAUAGUAACGUCACCGUUUUUUGUUAACGUAAACAAUAGAAUUAUUCGAACAAGAUGUUCUUUGAAUGAACUGAUAAUUUGUCAUAAGCACUUUUGAAUUAUCAUAUGUACACAGUUGUGCUAAA